AUGUCCGCUCAGAAGCAGACCUCUUCCACUCCUCAGCGCAAGCAGUACACCCGCGACGAGGUCGCCAAGCACAACAAGCCCGGUGAUCUCUGGAUCGUCAUCGAUGCCGAGGUCUACAACGUCUCCAAGUUCUCCGAGCUCCAUCCUGGUGGAGAGAACGUCUUUCACGAUGAAGAGGUAGCUGGUCAGGACGCCACCGAGACCUUUUUCGGUCUCCACCGCCGUGAGAUCCUCGCCAAGCCCCAGUACCAGCGUCUCAUCAUCGGUAACAUCGAGGGUGAGGAGUCCAAGCUCAAGCCCGACCCGAUCGGCAGCCCUUCUCGCGUUCCUUACGCCGAGCCCACAUGGCUCGCUACUGCCUAUCACUCGCCUUACUACAACGACUCGCACCGACACCUCCAGCGCGAGUGGCGCAAGUUUGUCGAUGAGCACGUUGUGGAGGUUGCUCAGCGAUGCGAGGAGAGUGGCAAGCGCCCCGACGUUGAGCUCAUCAAGAUGAUGGGUCAGAACGGCAUCAACGCCAUGCGAAUGGGUCCCGGCAAGCACCUCCAUGGCCGCAAGCUCUUUGCAGGCAUCAAGGGCGAAGAGUUCGACUACUUCCACGAGCUCAUCCUUACUCAGGAGCUCGUCCGAUCUGGUGCUCGUGGUUUCGGUGACGGUCUCAACGGAGGCAUGGUUAUCGGUUUGCCACCCGUUAUGAACUUCGGUUCCGAAGAGCUCAAGAAGGAGAUUGUCGAGCCUGUCCUUGCUGGUGACAAGUUCAUCUGCCUUGCCAUUUCCGAGGCCUUCGCUGGUUCUGACGUUAUGGGUCUCCGCACCACCGCCACCCUCACUGAGGACGGCGAGCACUACAUUGUUAACGGUACCAAGAAGUGGAUCACCAACGGCACUUUUGCCGACUAUUUCUCUACUGCCGUCAAGACCGACCAGGGCUUUGCCAUGAUCUGCAUCCCGCGCUCGUGCGGUAACAUCGAGACCAAGCAGAUCAAGACCUCCUACUCGACCACUGCCGGUACUGCCUAUGUCACCUUUGACAACGUCAAGGUGCCCAAGAAGUACCUCAUCGGUGAGGAUGGUAUGGGUGUCUACUACAUUCUCUCCAACUUCAACCACGAGCGAUGGGUCAUGUGCUGUUCCACCAUCCGUGCCGCUCGUGCCGUUUGCGAAGAGUGCAUGCUCUGGAUCCACCAGCGCAAGGUGUUCGGCAAACCUCUUACCAGCCAGCCCGUCAUCCGUCAGAAGUUGGCUCAGAUGAUCUCGCUCGUCGAGGCGGCACAGAAUUGGCUCGAGAACAUCACCUAUCAGAUGUGCAAGAUGUCGUACGCCCAGCAGUCCAAGUUCCUUGCUGGUCAGGUCGGUCUCCUCAAGAGCUGGUCUACCCGUGUUUCGCACGAGUGUGCUGACGGUGCCGUCCAGAUCUUCGGUGGUCGUGGUAUCACCAAGACCGGUAUGGGCAAGUUUGUUGAGAUGUUCCACAGGACAUACAAGUUCGAUGCCGUUCUUGGUGGUUCCGAGGAGGUCCUUGCUGACUUGGGUAUCCGACAGGCACUCAGGAUGAUGCCUGAGAACGCUCGACUCUAA